AUGGCUUAUGAGUUUCCUGCAGACGUGGUCAAGACCACCGACAAGUUCUCAACAGAACUGAGACAGUUCGAUGGUAUCAGUGUUGAUGAUGUGGCGCGACUCUGGAAAGCGUACACCACACAGAGUGCUGUCGUGCGAAAUGUAGUAGUGUCUCGAUUGGAGAACCUCUUCUGGAGAAUCUGGGGAAAUGCUAGUAUUCAACAGAGUCUGACCGGCAGGGUGUUGGCAACUCUGUUCAUGUCGAUACAUGAAGAUCUUUCGCUUCACAUUACCGACCAUCCUCGGUCUUUGAAUAUCGCUUCUACAACCAGCAAUAAUGUUACCGAAUACCAACAGGACCACAACAAUUCGUCCCCGAAGAACGAGCGUAAAAAUCCACUUCCACCUAUUCUCAAGAAAUCCAAUGGAACAAAGAGUGUGCCUCCCAGCGAGCCGUCGUCCCACAAGACGACAAGAAUCCUUGUCCCCGAGAAACCAAGCGAAGCGCCGAGUCAAAAGGUGAAAGAUACGACCAGCACAGAAAAUGGAACCGGAAACAAACUACCAACUUCGACCUCCGCAGCGCAAAAGCCAGUUCGCAAAAAGCCAAAUUUUGUAGCAACUAGAGCAGCGUCAUCGAGGCGAAGAGGGGUACUCAUUAGGCGGAAAUCAUCGCAAACGUCUCCUGUUACAUCUCCGACUGUUGAAGAAACGGAAGAUAGCCUGCAGGAACAGAUACAGGCACAAGAGGAGGCGCGACAAGAAGAGCAAGCAGAGGAAACGACUGCACCACCUAGUCCUACUAAAGAAAAUGAAAUUUCGUGGCGUUCCAUGCCUUAUUUGAAGAAGUUCGACGAAGACACCAGGAACGUGCCAACAGAACGAGAAGCCGAUCCAUCAGGCACAAGUCCUCCUCCGAUCGACUUUUCAGUCAGCAGUGUCCGUCACCAUCGCAGCCCAGAAGAACAUUUCAGMCCCGCCAGUCAAGAGACUGCGCAAAAUGGUAUGGUCUCCGACAAGGCACUUGUUGAGCAGGACUUUCGUACGAACUUUGUCCAACGACAGCGACAGGGAUCUGCAUUCGCUACGAGAAACAACAGCGCAGCAUCUUCUCUUACAACACGACUUAGUUCGACGAACUUUCGGGAAAUGCUCAAUGCCGCAGAAGCCGCCGCUGCGAUGCAGAGGAAAGACAGUGGUGAUGCAGCUCGCAGCCUAUCACCCGGGCCACGCUAUAUACUCCUCCCCAAACACGAUGGCCCUAUCAGUGUUUCGUCAACGAUGACCUCUCCGACUCGAAGAUCGGAUGGUAGAGAUCGCAGUCGACGGCCAAUUAUUAUCAACACAUCAUCAUCGUCAAAGACACCACAGGAACGACGCCUGGAUGAUAAACAGCCUGGUUCGAGAUAUCCCACGGCAGUAGCAGCGUCAGAGUCGGUAAUAUCGACAUCUCAACAAACAACGAACGGUGUGUUUUCGGUACCGAAGGAGUCUCAGGAGCUUCUCGGGGAGCAGUUGACCAAUCUGAUCAAGGGGAAGGGCAAAGAUAACAAGAUGAAACGGGGGCAACGAGUCGGAUCUUAG